AUGAUACAAUCACAUGAUGAACUCAAUGAAGGUUUCAUGACAACUAACCAAGAUUAUGGUUCUUUUUAUUUUGGUCGAUUGCAACAUAAUCAGAUAAAUCGAGAUGAAAUCGCAUAUGAGUUAUCUAUAAAUAAUCAAGUUCGACAUGAACGUCGUCAGUUACCAUCUAUUGCUUACGAUAUUAGGUUUGAUUCUAAAAUCUCUGCUGAUGAAUUGGCAGAAAAUAUGAUAGCAAUUACAGUACCGCAUGAAUAUCUAGGUAUGCCUUCUAUAGAUCCUAAUCAACCAUAUCCCGGUACUGAAAUCGAAUGUGCGAAAACACCACACCUACAACGUCUUCUCGAACAUUUUCAAAAAGCUAAAGAAAUGGUUGCCGAUAGUAAACAACAAUUUGAUUCAAAAGCAAUUAGUUCUCAACCUAUGCAAGGCGUUAAAUAUAUUUAUAAUCCUUUCGUCAACGCUAUGCCAUUUCGUCGAUUAUAA